CACGCACAGACACCUACUUUGAUUUUUCAAAGACUGGUUCUUAUUUAUCUGUGGGCUGAGAACAUAGAACAUACUGCCAGUCUGUGAGAGAGAGAAAGUGAGAGAAUUUCUAAAGUCUUCGGAAAAUCUUGCUAUUCCCAAAUCUUAUUGUUGAAUCAUUAAUGGGUUUAUUACUUUCGGUGCUUCAUUCUGCUUGGAAAGAACUACUAAGGCGCAGCUUCCUCUUUUUCUCCAACAAAAAUGAAACUGUUAUAUUGAGAUCGUCGAGUUUAGAUAAGGGUGAUUUAAAGGACUGUAAUGCAGCAAUUACAGUGAAGGAAAAGCAAGUAAAAUCGAAGAUAAAAAAAACAUUUUUAUUGGAUGAUGUACUGGUUGGAAAAGAGGGUUUGGAGGAGACAGUUUUGGAGGCAAACCCACAAAAAUGGCCUCUUUCAGAACCAUUUAUAGCUUAUCUAACACCAAAACCCAUUAACGAGCUUGAUGCUGCUGCAACUAAGGUUCAGAAAGUAUAUAAAAGUUACAGGACAAGAAGGAAUCUGGCUGAUUGUGCAGUUGUUGUGGAAGAAUUAUGGUGGAAGGCAUUGGAUUUUGCAGCUUUAAACCGGAAUUCUGUUUCAUUCUUCAACAUCUCCAAACAUGAAACUGCUGUGUCAAAGUGGACGAGAGCAAUGACAAAGGCUGCCAAGGUUGGAAAGGGAUUAUCGAAGGAUGAAAAGGCUCGUAAAUUGGCCUUGCAACACUGGCUUGAAGCUAUUGAUCCACGUCAUAGGUACGGACACAAUUUGCACUUUUACUAUAAUGUAUGGUCCGGCAGUAGGAGUGCCCAACCUUUUUUCUACUGGUUGGAUAUUGGGGAUGGGAAAGAGCUCAAUCUUGAAAAAUGUCCAAGAAUUACUCUCCAACGUGAAUUGAUCAAGUAUCUUGGACCAAUGGAAAGAGAAGCAUAUGAAGUGGUAGUGGAAAAGGGGAAACUUGUGUACAAGCGAAGUGGAGAUACUUUGAAGACGGAGGAAGGAACAAAAUGGAUAUUCGUUCUUAGCACAUCAAGAAAUUUGUAUGUGGGGCAGAAAAAGAAGGGAGUUUUCCAACAUUCGAGUUUCUUAUCUGGAGGUGCAACUACUGCAGCCGGAAGAUUGGUUGCACAUGAUGGGAUCCUGAUGGCAAUAUGGCCAUAUAGUGGUCACUAUCUCCCUACAGAAGACAAUUUUAAGGAAUUCACUAGCUUCCUCGAGGACCACCAAGUCGAUUUGUCCAAAGUUAAGAGAUGCUCUGUGGAUGAUGAUAAUAGUUACUCGGAAGCUAGCAAUAAAUCCUCUGAUUCGGUGAUUGAGAAAGUGGGAUCAUUUGAAACUACAAAGCCAUUGGAGGAGAAUGUGGAAAGUGGUGUUGUUGUUACAGAAGGAAAUGACAUAGAAAUUAAUUCAAACAGUUCUGAACCUUUUGUGUUCGACUUGUCAAAGAGGUUGUCUUGCAAAUGGAGUAGUGGAGUGGGUCCACGUAUUGGAUGCGUUAGGGACUACCCUGUUUACCUCCAAUCCCAAGCUAUGGAGAAAGUGAACAUGUCGCCUAGGACCACUCCUGGCUCAUCCAGAAACCGUGUUCCUAUCCCUUCUCCCAGACCAAGCCCAAGGGUUCGGUUAUCGCCUAGGAUUGCAUAUAUGGGUCUUCCAAGCCCAAGACCUGCUUCAUUAUUGGCUUCAAGCAGUUAGUUAAGGCAGUUAUAACUUUGAAGAAGAUAGUCUAAAUGGACAAUUGUGUAAAUCCUAUGCACCCCUAGCUGACUUUUGCAGCAAAUUGUCAUUUGGCUGUUAACCAAAUUCAGCUGAAUAUUCUUGUUUUUCAUGAAUUUAGAUAUUUAAAAAAAAUGCACUUAUUAUGUCAUAUAAUUAAAUGCACCUUCUUAUAUCCAAUAGAGUAAUGAGUUUUCUACCUAGUUUGGUUUAUAUUCAAAAGUAUUUUUGGCACUAUUAUAUGUCUUAAUAU